CCCAGCGCCGUUAAGUCUUUCGCGGCACUUCCGGCCGCUCGGGCCUAGCGGGAUCGCGGGGCCGCAGAGCCUCGUUCCCUCGCUGCCGCCAUGGAGAUGCCGUUGCCGCCCGACGACCAGGAGCUGCGGAACGUGAUCGACAAGCUGGCGCAGUUCGUGGCGCGGAACGGGCCCGAGUUCGAGAAGAUGACGAUGGAGAAGCAGAAAGAAAACCCCAAGUUCUCGUUCCUCUUCGGCGGCGACUUCUACGGCUACUACAAGUACAAGCUGGCGCUGGAGCAGCAGCAGCUGUUGUGCAAACAAACACAAGAUAUUGAAACCACUGCACAGAUCCAGCCUUUGUCACAGCCGUCGCUCCCCCCGCCGGCUGGUAUCCCAGCUCCUCAAGGGGCACCCUCUGUUGAGGAGCUCAUUCAGCAGAGCCAGUGGAACCUGCAGCAGCAAGAGCAGCACCUCCUUGCGAUGAGACAGGAGCAAGUUACAUCAGCAGUAGCCCUUGCAAUUGAACAACAAAUGCAGAAAGUCUUGGAGGAGACCCAGCUAGAUAUGAAUGAAUUUGACAAUUUGCUGCAGCCGAUAAUUGAUACAUGUACAAAAGAUGCAAUCUCAGCUGGCAAGAACUGGAUGUUUAGUAAUGCAAAGUCUCCUGCACACUGUGAGCUGAUGGCUGGGCAUCUGCGAAAUCGUAUAACAGCAGAAGGAGCCCACUUUGAGCUUCGAUUACAUUUAAUCUAUCUAAUUAAUGAUGUAUUGCACCACUGCCAGCGAAAGCAAGCACGGGACCUUCUGGCUGCCUUACAGAAGGUGGUUGUGCCUAUAUACUGUACCAGCUUUUUAGCUGUGGAAGAGGAUAAGCAACAGAAAAUUGCCAGACUCCUUCAGCUGUGGGAGAAAAAUGGCUAUUUUGAUGAAUCAAUUAUUCAGCAGUUGCAGAGCCCAGCUCUUGGACUUGGCCAAUACCAGGCAAACUUGAUGACAGAGUAUGCAACAGUAGUGCAGCCUGUGCAGGUAGCCUUUCAGCAGCAGAUACAAAACCUGAAGACACAACAUGAAGAAUUUGUCAGCAGUUUAACACAGCAGCAGCAACAGCAGCAAAUACAAAUACCACCACUAGAGAGCGAGGUAAAAGCAACACCCCCGGCUCCAGCUCCAGCACCAACUCCGGCUCCAGCUCCUCCAGCUGCCCCAGUCACACAAACAGAUGAUGGUAAGCCUCAGCUUCCUUUGGCUGGUUCUACAGAGUAUGAUACAUCGGGAGCUGGAGUGCAAGAUCCAUCAGCUUCUGGACCUCGUGGCCCUGGAUCUCAUGAUCAGAUACCUCCAAAUAAACCACCCUGGUUUGACCAGCCUCACCCUGUUGCACCCUGGGGUCAACAACAGCCUUAUGACCAGCCUCCUUACCCUCACCACCAGGGGCCUCCUCACUGCCCUCCGUGGAACAACAACCAUGAAGGAAUGUGGAAUGAACAGAGAGACCAAGGAUGGAAUAAUCAGCGAGACACCCCUUGGAAUAACCAACCAGAUCCUAAUUGGAACAGCCAGUUUGAAGCGCCAUGGAACAACCAGCAUGAGCAGCCUCCAUGGGGUGGGGGUCAAAGGGAACCUCCAUUUCGAAUGCAACGGCCACCCCACUUCAGAGGCCCAUUCCCUCCACAUCAGCAACAUCCCCAAUUCAACCAGCCCCCGCAUCCACAUAAUUUCAACCGCUUCCCACCUCGUUUCAUGCAGGAUGAUUUCCCACCUCGCCAUCCCUUUGAAAGGCCUCCUUAUCCUCAUCGUUUUGAUUAUCCCCAGGGGGACUUUCCUCAAGAAAUUGGACCGCCUCAUCACCACCCUGGACACAGAUUGCCUCAUCCUGGAAUCAGUGAGCAUCCUCCUUGGGGUGGGCCACAGCACCCUGAUUUUGGGCCUCCGCCACAUGGAUUUAAUGGGCAGCCUCCUCACAUGAGGCGACAAGGUCCCCCUCAUGUGAACCAUGAUGACCCCAGUUUGGUGCCAAAUGUCCCCUACUUUGAUCUUCCUGCUGGACUUAUGGCUCCUCUUGUGAAACUUGAAGAUCAUGAGUAUAAACCUUUAGAUCCUAAAGAUAUACGUCUUCCACCCCCAAUGCCCCCCAGUGAGAGACUACUGGCUGCGGUUGAGGCGUUUUAUAGUCCACCAUCUCAUGACAGGCCUAGAAACAGUGAAGGCUGGGAACAGAAUGGCCUGUAUGAGUUCUUCAGAGCUAAAAUGAGAGCUAGACGGCGGAAAGGUCAGGAGAAGAGAAACAGUGGGCCCUCUCGGUCUCGCAGUAGGUCCAAGAGUCGAGGUCGCUCCUCCUCCCGGUCUAAUUCAAGAUCUUCAAAGUCAUCUGGCUCUUACUCAAGAUCCCGAUCUCGAUCUUGCUCCCGAUCACGAUCGUAUUCCCGAUCACAGUCCAGAAGUAGGAGCAGGUCCCGCUCUUCUCGCAGCCGGUCAAGGUCAAGGUCACGAUCAAGAUCAAGAUCAAAAUCUUACUCCCCUGGAAGGCGGCACCGAUCCCGAUCUCGGAGUCCUACUCCUCCUUCUGCUGCUGGUUUGGGCUCCAGCUCUGGGCCUCCUAUACCUGAAUCAAGACUUGGAGAAGAAAAUAAAGGGCAUCAAAUGUUGGUGAAAAUGGGAUGGAGUGGAUCUGGCGGACUGGGAGCUAAGGAGCAAGGAAUCCAGGACCCAAUUAAAGGAGGGGAUAUCAGAGACAAAUGGGAUCAGUAUAAGGGUGUGGGAGUUGCCCUAGAUGACCCGUAUGAGAACUACCGAAGAAAUAAAAGCUACUCGUUUAUUGCACGCAUGAAGGCCAGAGAUGAAUUGAAGCGUGACACCCAAGAUCCUCCACCACCUGAAUAAGACUCCCUGAAAUACCUGGAGAAAGAUGUGUUGCAUCUUCUACAAAUCAUUAAACUUGUAUAAAUCAGGAUUAAUGUCUGGAGGAAGUGACCAUUAAGAUAAUUAUUUUUUAAAAAGGAAAGCUAUGACAUGUGCUCCACUUUGUUUAGCAUUUUAAAAAGGCCAGUGAUCACCAUGACAUGUCUAGCAAGUUCAGAAAUGCCCAUUUAUUCUGCAGUUUUAAAGCAAAAAAGUUACCCAUUUUAUACUAGGACUAAAUCCCUGUUAAGCUAUCUCUGGUCCAGGAUUGUGAUCCACUCAUUCCUGUGGAAUACAGACAUUAUCUGAUAUGGUUCCAUGUCUCUAGUUCCAUAAUGUAUGUUUAUUUCUCUCAAAGGUUAAUUCUAUUUGAAGUGGAGGGGUGCUGCCUUGGGAACAAGUCAGACUGAUGCUGAGCAGUGUAUCCUAAUGUCUAAAUGGGGAGACAAGCACCUUGUUCCAGUACAGGUGACCUAUGAGCACUGUAUGAGCUUAUUAGAAUCUACUAUACAACUUAGAGCCCCUACACACCAGCUGCUGCAGUCACAACUCUACUCGGAACAUAAAGGGUUAACUGUUUUAGCCAUCCAAGUGCUCUAAGGGAUGUUUGAUGCUUUGUAACGAAAGACAUUCUUUAAGCUUUUUAUAUUUUUGUAUAUACCCUUGAAUAAAAGCUAAAAUUAGUUCAAUAGAAGAGAACCUGUUUUUCCCCCAUUUCACAGAUUUCUAAGUGUGAAGCAUUCCUGGAAACCUCCUUUAAAAUGCUUUUGUAACUAAAUUGUUUCCAGACACCACCAGCUUAAGAUGUUAGAUCAUUACACUGGACAUCUACUCAAGAGGUCUGCUUGGUGGUAACCUCUUCCCAAAGUCAUUUGUUUAUACAGCAGAAACCCUCUUAAACCAUGCAGUCCGAUAUGGUGAAAUAUCUGUCUCUUCUAGACUUACUGUAGCUGUGGAACUGUAACUGUCUGUGAAUCGGCCUAAGACAUCUGUAUGUUACCAACUUGUGAAUUUUACUGUUUUGCCCUCCAAUAAACACUUUUUAUUAAAAACAAAAAC